AUGGAGGAGGUCAUUGCCGGGCUGCAAGGGUUCACGUUCACCUUCGAGCACGAUGUGGAAUUGCAGAAGGGCACUGGACUCCUGCCUUUCCAGGACAUGGACAAGUCCAGUUCAGCUGUGUGCAACUUCUUCGCUAAAGGGCUCUGUGUGAAAGGGAUACUAUGCCCACUUCGGCACGAGCAGGGUGAGAAGAUGGUGGUGUGCAAACACUGGCUUCGAGGCCUCUGCCGGAAGAGCGAUUGCUGCAACUUCCUGCACCAGUAUGACGUCAGCAGGAUGCCGGUGUGCUACUUCCACUCCAAGUUCGGUAACUGCAGCAACAAGGAAUGCCCCUUCCUCCACUUGAAGUCAGUUUCCAAGGUCCAGGACUGCCCUUGGUAUGACCAAGGGUUCUGCAGGGAAGGUCCCCUGUGUAAAUACCGCCACGUUCAUCAAGUGCUGUGUCCCAACUACUUCACUGGCUUCUGCCCCAAGGGACCUAAGUGCCAAUUUGGGCACCCGAAGACGAGUCCUAUAUUCCAUCCCAGUAAUGUGAAGCUGCAGCCUGUCACCCAGCCAUGGGAUUUGACAGCUUCUCCUGGCAGCACUCUGGUGCCCGCUUCCCAGGAAAAGCCCGUGCUCCAGUGUCAUCAGAGGAGCCUGCCUCAGGCCUGCUGCUCAAGGGCCCACCCUGCGCCUUAGAACCCAGGCCACCAUGCCAUCGACACAAGCUGUAUCAGCUGGAGUCAUCAAAACCUAGCCUGUGGCGAGGGAGCUGGGAGUUCUCCUAGUGAAGGGCUCCAUGGCCUCAGCAGCGUAUCCUCUAUCCAGUGGUCCAAUGAGCUCCAUCACUGUAGUGAGAUACAGGAUGCAGAAAGAGCCUAUAUUGUACUUGACUAUUUCCCUUUAUCCUGCACAUGAACCAGAUGCCAAUAAUGCAGCAGGACUGGAGAUCAGCUGACUGUGGAAGGGAGGAGCCACUCAUGAGCUAGGACAGCACAGUGAACUUGACACCAUGAACUCUCCAGUCAGUCAGUAUCCCAGGCUCAGCUCCCACGCUCCUCUAGACCACUCCGGGUCAGCGGCCUCAUGUGCUCCCCAAAAAUGGGCCAUCCAAUCAAACAAACUGCUUUUAGUCUGACAGCUGAUUGCCUGUACAGCUUAUUUAUACUCGAGAAUAUAAUGUGUGUGUUCUGUGAUUGCAUUAAUUCCCCCCCCCCCUCUUUUUUUGAUGCUGUGAGAAAACAUCCAACUUGUGGGAAGGGGCGUUGUUCUGGCUCAUGCCUUGAGAGGAUACUGUCACAACAGGGAAACCAGGGUGGUAGUGUGAACUGGCUGGCCAUAUGGAAUCCAGUCAAGGAAGCACAGAAAAAGAAAACGGUCAGCUUCCGUCUUGGUUUUUCUUUUGUAAAAUUCAGCCUGGGAUCACCAUACACAGAGAUGGUCACCCAUUCGUGGCCUGUUUUCUCUGCUCAGCUAAGCCUCUCGGGAAAUAACCCUCUCUCACAAACACACCGGGGUGUAUCUUCCAGGUCAUUGCAGCCAAGCUGACAUUGAAGAUGAAACCUCAUGGGGGAUUAGGCAGUAGGCGUACAGAAAAGGCUUAUCCUCCUGAGGCCAUGACAAAGCAGACAAUGCUACUUAAUCCACUGGGGAGGAGUGGGCAGCUAACUGGACUUUUUAUAAGAUUACAGCAAAAGGCCCAGCAGUAGUGGUAUAUGCCUUUAGUCCCAGCACUUGGGAGGCAGUUCUCUUGUGAGUUUAAGGCCAGCCUGGUCUGCAGAGUGAGUUCCAGGACAGUCAAGGCUACACAGAGAAACCAUGUCUCAGAUGAAAAAAAAGUAUAGGAAAAAGCAGCCCCAGAAGGACUAGAUGGAGUAGAGUUGUCUGGCUUCCUACAGCAUGAGGGCUUUGCUGAGGUGAUGCACCACAGGCCCAGGGGGCUGGGUCGCUGGUUCCAAUUCCACUUAAGUGCACCCACAGCUGCUACAUGACAGCUCUCGGCCAUGUAGGAAAAGUGCCUCCCCUCCCCAGCCUGCUUCCUCAUUCUAGAACAUAAGCAGCCACACCACAGGGCUGUCCUAGAGUCAAGUGACACAGUACACGUACUGGAAAUCUGUAGGACACCUGGCACUGGCAUGCACCCAAAUCUUAGCUGGUCCAAGUGUGGAACCCGAUGAGUCCCUGAGGUGAACGAGAUGAGACCGGCCCACACAGGUUCAUGUAUUUGAAGGCUUGGCUGUCCUAGUUUGUGGAAAGAUUUGGGGAGGAUUAGGGGGUGUGGCCUUGGUGGAGGAAGUGUGUUACUAGGAUUAAAUCCAUACCAUUCCCAGGUAGCCCUCUACCUCUCUCUGCCUUGUGGUGUCACAAGAUGGGAGCUCCCAGCUACUGCUCCAUCGCCAUGGCUGCCCGCCGCCUGCCAUAAUCCCCGCCCACCAUAGUAGUCAUGGACUCACCUGUGAGGUCCCUGUAAGCUCACUCUUCUAUAAGCCACCUUGGUCACAGUGUCUUAGCACAGCAGUAGGAGAGGAACUGAGUCGAUUCCCACCGGGCCUCCCUUCUUGGGCCGGCCAGCCACACAGCUUUGCAGGUAAGGUCAAGUCUGCCCCAAUUUAGGGUUCAGCAAGGAAGCUCGGGGAACCUACACCUCAUGCCUGGUGGUGACCAGCCACUUGUCUGAGGGCGGAAGAGGGGGUUGAUCUGCUCAGUUGUUUUUUUCCUUUUUUUUUUUUUUAAACUUUCCAUGAAUAGUGACAGGAUUUUUUCAUCAAGUGUAAGAUAGACUGUGAAUAACAUGUGAAGUGACAUUUGACUUUCUUGAUACAGGGUCUCAUGUAGCCCAGGCUGUCCUCAAUUUGUCUAUUGCUGAUGCUGACUUGGCCUCUAAUUCCCAAGUGACAGCCACAUAGCCAGUUCCACUGUAGUCAUUUUUGUGAUGCUAGGGAACCGAACCCAGGGCCUCCAGCAACGUGCCCUCUUCCACUGAACUACAGUAACCUUUAAGCAGCUUGUGAAACAAGUUCUGUGUUGCUAAGGCUGGCCUUGAACUUGUGAUCUUCUUGCAUCUCAAGCAUCCCAAGUGCUGGGGUAACAGGUUGUGUUUUACUGUGCCUGGCUCAGAGAGUUGGGGUUGAUUUUCUUGAUGCCGCGGAUCAUGCCCAGGGCCUCAUGGAUGCCAGGGAAAUGCCCACUCUGAGCCACACCUCCAGGCUCUGGUUCUAUUGUGUGUGUACACCUGUGGUACACACACCACAUUUUAGUGGAGGCAAGAGAAUAACGUGUGGGACUGGUUCUGUCCCUCCACCAUGUGUGUCCUGGGGAGUCAAACUCUAAGUCUGUUUAUUUUUAUAUUUUGUGUAUGUGUGUUUUUUGCCUGCAUGUAUGUAUGUGAACCGUGUGCAUGCCUAGUGCCCUUGGAGAAGAAAAUGUCAAGAGUCCCUGGAACUGGAGUUACAGAUAGUUGUGAGCUACCAUGUGGGUGCUGGAAAUCCAACCCAGGUCCACCAUAAGAACAACUGCUGAGCCAUCUCUCUAGCCCCUAUUUUUAAUAGUUGUGUUAUUGGAAAAAAAAUAAACAGUUUUCUGUA